AUGCUUGAAGAUUUACCCGAGUCUAAAAAAAAUUUACUAUACUCAUUGUACAUGGAUAACUUAUUUACUGGGUUAAAUGUUUUUAAUUAUGUCAAAUAUUUGGGUUACUCAGCGAUUGGUACUAUACGGCAGAAUAGAAUACCAAAAAAUUGUCCUUUGACCGAAAAAAAAAAAUUUUCAAAAAAAGAACGUGGAAGUUUUAAAACUGAAAUAGAAAAAAAUAAGGGUAUUUUGUUGGUUAGAUGGAUGGAUAAUGCAGUUGUUACAAUGGCUUCCACUGAUGGCGGCACUGAAAAUGUAUCAAGUGUAAGGAGAUAUUCACAAAAACAUAAAAAACAUAUAAAUGUAAGUCGCCCUAAACUUAUUGCUCAAUAUAACCAGUAUAUGGGCGGAACUGAUCAGAUGGAUCAAAACAUAGCCACUUAUAGAAUUGGGGUGAGAGGUAAAAAAUGGUGGUGGCCAAUUUUUACUUGGCUAUUGGAAAUUCCAAUGAAGAACAGUUGGUCUUUGUACAAAAAAGUUAACUCUAAACAAAUUACCCAGUUGGAUUUCCGCCGUGAACUAGUGCUUACAUAUUUACAAAGAUAUGGGGUAGCUCGAAUAGGUGCAGGAAGACCAUCAAAAUCUCUAUCAUCAUCCGACAGUCGUGUUUCCGAUGAUAUUAGAUAUGAUCGUAUGGACCACUUAGUUUCAUAUACUCAAGAGAAGAAAAGAAGGAGGUGUGCAAAAGAUGGCUGUAAAUCGGUAGGACGGACAAUGUGUGUGAAAUGUGACGUUGGAUUAUGUAUCGAUUGUUUUGCUAAUUUCCAUAAAAAAUAA